AACCAGCCCCAAGAUAAAAGGCUGAGUUGCAGAGGAGCCAGGAGAGCAGUGGGUAGAGAGAAGGUGGGACAGGAGCUCAGGCAGCUAGGAUUGUUUCAGCACCGGCCACCCUUCCUUCGAUAUGGGUCCCCAGACAGCCCUGCCUCGCACGAUUCUGCUCCUGCUUUUCCUGUACUUAUCCGAGGGAGGUCGAUCCCACCCUCUGGGCAGGCCCGACCAGGCUUCGGACCAAUCGGGAAUACAGGUCUCGGAGACACAGCCAGAGCACGUGACUCCGGAGCCACGCCAGCAGGGCAGAUUGCCCACAGAAGCCUGGAAGGCCAAGAAAGCAGCCCCCAAGAGCACCCUCCAGGCCUUUAGGGGAGUCCAAAUGCCCAAGGUGAAGCAAGAUUCCAGUUGCUUUGGGAGGACAAGGAUGGACCGGAUCGAUUCCGUCAGUGGCCUGGGCUGCAAGGUGCUGAGGCGGCCUUAGGAAGAAGCCCAGGCUACAGACAUCUGCUUCUGAUACCACGAGGGCUCCGACCCCAACCUCCUGACCUUCCUUGAUUGACUCCUAUUUAUUAAUUUAUUUUGAUUUAUAUAUUUGAUUAUUUUCUAUAAGAUGGCUUCUUACCUUUGAGCAAAUACUUCCCACAAUGAAAUAAAAUCAACAGUACAGCA